CCCAAGCCCACUCGCCCACUCACGUCGUCUUCUGGUCCAUAAGAAAGACCUCGGAGACUCUGUUUUUAAACACUUGAGACUUGUUUAUUUCUCUCGGUGUGGUAACUAGCACUCCAGCAGCAUAUACACACAGAAGUAAACAAGAGAUCAUGAAUACUCAUAAUGACAACGAUGAUGGGGAGGUUUUUCUUGAUGACAAUGAUAUCAUCGAAGAAUUUACUGUUGAUGCAGAAGAUCUUCCUGAUGCAGAUGAGGAUGCUGGUUCCGAUGCUGAAGUCUUUGAUGAAGCAGAUGAUUCUGUGCACAUAUUCACAGGACAUACUGGUGAAUUAUACACAGUUGUUUGCAGCCCAACAGAUGCUACAUUAGUGGCAACAGGAGGUGGAGAUGAUAAAGGAUUUAUGUGGAGAAUUGGUCAAGGAGAUUGGGCUGUUGAGUUACAAGGUCACAAGGAUUCUGUUUCAAGUUUGGCCUUCAGUACUGACGGACAACUUCUUGCAUCCGGAAGCCUCGAUGGGACUGUUCAAGUAUGGGACACAGCCUCCAGUAACCUUAAGUGCAUACUUGAUGGUCCGGGAGGUGGCAUCGAGUGGGUCAGGUGGCAUCCCAGAGGACACUUGAUUAUGGCUGGUUCAGAGGAUUCAACUGUUUGGUUGUGGAAUGCUGACAAGAAUGCAUAUCUUAGUAUGUUUUCAGGUCACAGAAGUAGUGUGACCUGUGGGGAGUUUACGCCUGAUGGUAAACUUAUCUGCACUGGUGCUGAUGAUGCAACUCUGAGGAUAUGGAACCCAAAAGAUGGGAAAAACAUCCAUGUCGUUGAAGGUUAUCCGUAUCACACUGAUGGACUGACUUGUUUAGCAAUCAGCUCCGACUCAACUCUUGCUCUUACUGGCUCAAAAGACAAUUCGGUUCAUAUAGUAAAUAUAACAACUGGAAAGGUGGUUAGCUCUCUAAAUGCUCAUACAGAUUCUGUUGAGUGUGUUGGAUUUGCAGCAAGUUCUCACUUGGAUCGCAGCUCUCUAUGGGCUGCAACGGGGAGCAUGGAUCACAAGCUCAUCAUUUGGGAUAUACAACAUUCAUUACCUAGAUGCACUUGUGAACACGAGGAUGGUGUAACAUGCUUGGCAUGGCUAGGUGGUUCCAGGUAUAUUGCAAGUGGCUGUGUUGAUGGAAAAAUUCGGAUAUGGGACAGUCUUUCUGGAGAUUGUGUGAAAACCUUAACCGGGCACUCCGAUCCCAUCCAGUCCCUUGCAGUAUCUGCUGAUCUGCGAUUUAUUGUUUCAGUUUCCAUUGAUGGGACCAGCAGAGCAUUUGAAAAUUCACUAGGUCUUUGAAAAAUUCACGCAAAGUAAUUUCCUUGAUGGGAAUUCAAAACCUUAAAUUCUAAAAUGGUUGCGGAGAUUUUGGCUGGGGCUACUGGUUAAUUCGACUGUCUAAAUAUGUAGCUAUGUAGUUAUAUCUCUUGAUUUAUAGAUAACUUGUUACAGUGAAAAUUUGAAAAUUGUGUAUUAAUUUCUGUCGUUGCAAAGUGCAACAAUUGCUUCCUUUCCUUUGCCGGUAGUUGGUACUUGGUACUUGGUAGACAAUGGUAUGACUGGAUAUUAGUUGACAACUUAUAUAACGCUAGUUAAUUUUGAUUGUUUUA